UGCAGCCCUCUGGUUUAUUCUUCUUCGUCUUUCACAAACUCAUGUGGAGGGAAGCUGAAGAUUUCUCUGGACAUAUGAAACUCUAAAACACAGGUCACCAAGAUGCAGCUCGCCUCCUUGCUGGGGCUUUCUCUCUGGUUGCUUUGCAUCAAGGAUGUGGGGUCAGCAACUUUUAAGCUUGCCCUGGUUGGCCCUUGGUCGUGUGACCCACUGUUCUCCAGAGCAAUGCCAAUAGCAGCAGCUAACCUGGCCUUGUCACGCCUAAGGAGCGACAGCUAUCUGAGCAGAGGAUACUGGUACGAUGUGAAACUGCUCAACGAGGACUGCUCUUCUUCCAGAGCUUUGACAGAGCUAGGAGAGAUGGAGGGUUACGGCCACGCUUACAUCGGACCUUUUAAUCCCACCCUCUGCCAUGCAGCAUCCUUAUUUGCACAGCAUUGGGAGGCUGGGCUGGCAUCUCCAGGCUGUUUAGAUACUGAUUGGCUGAACCUGCCACCCAUAACACCUCCUGUUAAAGUCCUCCACACUGUUCUCAGAUUUUUUCGCUGGGCCCACGUCGGUGUCAUUUCAGCUCCGACUGAUCUCUGGGAAAGCACCGGAGAAGAAGUGGCCUCUGCCCUCCGGGCUCUGGGCCUGCCAGUUUCUCCUGUGGUUACUAUGGAAACAAAGAACAACGGUGGAGCUCGAAAGGCACUGAACGAGAUCAGGCAGGCCAACAAGGUUAAAGUGGUCAUCCUGUGUAUGAGCUCCCUCCUGAUUGGUGGAGAACACCAGAAAGAACUCUUGUUGACGGCUCUAGACAUGGGGAUGAUCGCUGAGGGUUACAUCUUUAUUCCCUAUGAUGCCCUGCUAUAUGCAAUGCCAUACCAGGAGAUGACAUUUCCCCUGCUAACCAACAACACGCAGCUCCGUCAUGCGUACAGCGCCGUCCUGACUGUUACCAUGGCCUCUGACCAGAGUUUCUAUGAAACCUUUCGCCAGGCUCAGAUCUCUCGAGAGAUCCGCUCUGCUAUCUCUGCCAUGGAGGUGUCUCCACUGUUUGGGACCAUCUUUAAUAUGGUGUACUUUGUUGCCAUGGCUGUGGAAGAGCGUCGUCAGGCGGGUGGUGGACAGUGGGUGACAGGCAGCCAGCUCUUCAACUCAAAUGGAGGCUUUGACUUCAAGGGCUUCAACCAGGUAUUAUAUGGAGGUAAAGGUGGGACUGGCCUUCAGGCCAGGUAUGUGGUAUUGGACAGUGAUGGCGACCGUCUUAUGCCGACACAUUCCCUCGGACUGAAACACUUUGAUGGAACGGUUGGAGGUCUGACUCCUCUGAGCCGGUCGUUCUACUUUCCAGGAGGAAAACCCCCCAAAGCCAGUUUUUGUUGGUUCAAUCCAGAUGAAGCUUGCAGUGGAGGUUUGGAUGCAGUGACAACAUUUUUUAUCUUCCUGCUGCUUUGUGGUUUAUCUGCAGCUUUUUUCUUUUGGAUCAGGAAAUACAAGAAAACCGCCAACUUCACCAAACUCAUCCUGACCCUGGAUGACAUCGUGUUCAUCGACACUCAACUUAGUAAGAAGAAACUAAAUGACGAGUCGAUCAUGAGGAGUCUUUUGGAAAUUAAAACUCCGCUCCGCUCCAUUGCCAGAAGUUACAUCCUGACAACACCUGAGAGUUCCAACAUUGGGAUACUGGAGGGAGACUGGGUUUGGCUGAAGAAAGUUCCUUUCGCAAAGGCAACAACAGCUGUCAACCAAAACACCCAAAAUCUGUUUGGCCAGCUACGUGAGAUGCGUCAUGAGAACCUGAAUCUAUACCUGGGUUUAUUUGUGGAUUCGGGAAUUCUUGCUCUGGUGGUCGAGUACUGCCCACGGGGAAGUCUGGCAGACCUGCUGGCCGACAGCGAUGUGAGGCUGGACUGGAUGUUCAAGUCCUCACUCCUCUUGGACCUCAUUAAGGGAAUGAAGUAUCUUCAUCUGCGAGGGUUGACUCACGGUCGCCUGAAGUCCACAAAUUGCUUAGUUGAUGGCCGAUUUGUUUUGAAAAUCACAGAUUAUGGUCUGCCCAUGAUUCUUCACUCUCAAGGUGUCAUUCUUCCUGACGAACUACAAGAUCUUUUGUGGACAGCUCCUGAACUUCUGAGGAAUCCAGUACAAGCAGGUUCUUUUGCUGGAGAUGUCUUUAGUUUUUCCAUCAUUGUACAGGAAGUGAUCUCACGAACACUGCCAUAUGCCAUGAUGGAUAUGCCUCCUCACGAGAUUCUGGAGCGUCUGAAGAAGCCACCUCCUCUCUGCAGGCCGAUGGUUUCAGAGGACGAAGCUCCAGUCGAGUGUCUCAAUCUGAUGAAUGAAUGUUGGAACGAAGAUCCGAGCCUGCGACCGAACUUUGACGAGAUUUUCAAGCAGUUCCGGGGCAUCAGCAGAGGGAAGAAGGCAAACAUCAUUGACUCAAUGUUACGGAUGUUGGAGCAGUACAGCUCUAACCUGGAGGAUCUUAUCAGGGAACGGACAGAUGAGCUGGAGGUUGAGAGGAGCAAGAUGGAUAAAUUGGUGGGACAGCUCCUGCCAAAAUCUGUGGCUCAGGCCUUGAAAAAGGGAAAACCUGUCCGACCUGAACACUAUUCAGACUGCACCCUUUACUUCAGUGACAUUGUUGGAUUUACAACCAUCUCAGCUCUUAGUGAACCCAUUGAGGUGGUCGACUUGCUUAAUGACCUCUACACUAUGUUUGAUGCCAUCAUCGCUACUCAUGAUGUCUACAAAGUAGAAACUAUUGGAGAUGCCUACAUGGUGGCUUCAGGGGUUCCCAACAGAAAUGGGAAUCGACACGCAGCUGAGGUGGCAAACAUGUCUCUUGACAUCCUGCAUUCAAUAGGAGCAUUUAAGAUCAAACACAUGCCUGAAAUCAAAGUGAAAAUACGCAUUGGACUGCACUCAGGAGCGGUGGUUGCAGGUGUGGUUGGACUGACCAUGCCCAGGUAUUGUCUGUUUGGAGACACGGUGACGACCGCAUCCAUCAUGGAAGCCAGCGGCCUGCCUUACAGGAUCCACAUCAGUCUCAGCACCGUCAAGGUUCUGACCAGUCUCAAAGUGGGAUAUCACAUAGACACCAGGAAGGCACAGGUAAAGGGUACAGAGGACACAUACUGGCUGAUGGGUCGAGAAGGUUUUGAUAAACCUCUUCCUAUCCCCCCUGACCUCGCUGGAGGGGCGAGUAAUCACGGUAUAAGUCUUGACGAGAUUCCUGUCGAGAGACGACAAAAGUUCCUGGACAGACAGAACAAAAUGAAAAAAUAGACUUCCUUUUGUAAAGAUUUCUAUUAAUAAUGAUAACUAUUAAUGGAACUAUUAAUAGUUACUAAGAUAGUAGUCUAAUUAUCUUAGACUAUUAAUGUCUAAGAUAAUUAAAUGUGAAGCAACAAACCUUCAUUAGGAUUUUGAAAUGAAUAGAGCUAUUGCCAAAGCUAGAAAAAUCUGUAAACCAGACGGCUACAGCUUAUUGUAGACAAGAUACACAAUUAAAAACAGCAAAACAUAUGACUUUAUACCCAAACAGCAAAACCUUCUUUGCACAUUGUCUCAAAAAUCUGUUGCUGUGGUUAAAAACGAUGGUUUAAAUUAACAUUUUCUAAUGUGUCAAAAUAGUGUUUUUUUUUCCCAGCCAAAGAAAAUUGUGAUAUUUUAUUUGGAAGUACUUAGGACCCAAAGGCCAGAUUCUAAGAGAUGUAUUUCAGUCACAGCUGAGCCCAAAAUUAUUCAUAGCCCUGACAGAUUUAGAUUGUCAUUAAACCUAGGAGCGUGUUUCUGAUAGGAAAUUAUUAUUAUUAUUUCUCGAAAGAUAAGAAAACUAUGUUGAAAUAAAUCUACUCUAAAAAAAACUAAUUUUCUACAUCAUCAAAAUGACAUGUCAAGAAAUAUUUAUACCCUUCUCUAACAUCAUGGCAGCAGUCGAGCCUUUCUUAUAUUCACUGACCAGCCUUUUGCAUUUUUCAAGAAGUAUUUCAUCAAUUUAUCUUUUGAGAUGAGCUCCAAGUCUGAGGUUGUCAGGCUUUUUUGUCUUCAACCUAAUCUUUAGGAGCUCCCCCAGAUUAUCUGUUGAAAUCUAGCCGAAGAUCUGGUUGAUCCACUUCAAAUUUGAACAAUGCUCCUAGUAGGAAGAAACAUGAUGACAAAAUGAAAGAUUAUGUUCAAAUAAAAACCUGCAAGAGGUACAUUACAUUUUGGGCUCGUUAUUAUUGUUCUUGUUGUUGUUUUCUUUGUGCAUUGUUUAAAAUUAGCUAUUUUCUAGUUGUUAGGAUAGUUAAUAAAUUCUAUUAAA